AUGAAGUCGGCCGCUCGCCCUUUUUACCUGUCGGUGUUCGCUCUUUGGGGACCCCAGGGCUGGUGCGAGAGCUCAGACUCUUCCAAUGCUGCCCAGGAUGCAUGCGCGAUCUCGCCCAAAGCCAUCGUCAGCGACGCAUGCGCUUCCUACUCGACCCUCGAGCGGCUGAACCGCAACGUCAAGCCGGCCCUUGACGACCUGACGCGGACGACCGACUUCUUCUCGCAUUAUCGGGUAAACCUCUUUCACAAGAAGUGCCCGUUUUGGAACGACGAGAGUGGAAUGUGCGGCAACAUUGCCUGCGCCGUUGAGACGCUCAACAAUGAGGAGGAUAUUCCGCUCGUAUGGCGCGCCAGCGAACUGGGCAAACUGGAGGGACCCCGCGCUAGACACCCCGGCAAGAGCAUGCAGAAGGCAGAACCGCGGCGGCCUUUGCAGGGCGGGCUGGGAGAGAAUGUCGGCGAGAGUUGCGUGGUUGAGUACGACGACGAGUGCGACGACAGGGACUAUUGCGUGCCCGAAGACGAGAGCGCGACGUCCAAGGGAGACUACGUGAGCUUACUCCGCAACCCCGAACGGUUCACAGGUUACGCGGGCGACGGAGCCAAGCAGGUCUGGGACGCCAUCUACCGGGAGAACUGCUUCCAGAGGAGCUCAUUCCCGCACUCAGCAGCGCUCGGACAGGACACGUCGCCCAUGGGCCCGGCUGCGAUGGACUUCAAGGCCGUGAUCGAGGCCGCGGGCCGGCAGCAGGUCUUGGAGCAGCAGCGGCAGCACAACCCGUUGACGCCAUUUGUUGCCAAGACGGGGCUGGAGCAUGAAGAUGAGUGUCUGGAGAAGCGCGUCUUCUACCGGGUUAUCUCAGGCAUGCACGCGAGCAUCUCGACACACUUGUGCUGGGACUUUCUCAAUCAAACCACUGGGCAGUGGCAGCCCAACCUUGACUGCUACAUCAACCGUCUGCACAAGUUUCCCGAUCGCAUCAGCAAUCUCUACUUCAACUAUGCACUCGUCACCCGCGCCAUCGCCAAGCUCGGCCCCUAUCUUUCGAAGCAGCCCGACUACACCUUCUGCGUGGGCGAUCCGGACCAAGAUAGCGUGACGCGCGCCAAGGUCAUGGCCGUGGCAAAACAGGCCGCGAGCGUACCGGAGAUCUUUGACGAGAGCCUUAUGUUCAAGAACGGCGAAGGGCCAUCUCUCAAGGAGGAUUUCCGCAAUCGCUUCCGCAACGUCAGCCGUCUGAUGGACUGCGUCGGCUGCGACAAGUGCCGGCUGUGGGGAAAGCUUCAGACGGCCGGCUACGGGACAGCUCUCAAAAUUCUGUUCGAGUUUGACAACAAUGACAAGCCCCAGGCCCCGAUUCUGAAGCGUACCGAGCUGGUUGCCCUUUUCAACACGUACGCGCGUCUAAGCGGCAGCAUGGAAGCUAUUCAGAAGUUUAGAGGGAUGGUCGAGGAUGUCGAGGCAGCCAAAAAGUUCGACGAGCGCCUCAAGGAGGCUGAAAAGAUCAACGUGAUCCUAGACCGGGCGCGGAAGCCUCGGCACGCCAUUGUUCCAGGGUCUUCGGACGGCGCGGCGUCCGAAGAGGCGGGCGAAAAGCGCAGGGAGAAGCAAUCAGCAGAGGGCCAGAACCGGACCAUCAAAGAUGAUUUUUAUGACGAGCUGCACACGGUGUUCAAGGUGGCCAAGUACGUCGUUCAGAGCUGGAUCCGAUUCCCCUGGACGUUGGCGAACAUCAUCAAGUCCGAGCUGCUACGGUUCUGGCAAUUCUAUAUCGGGCAACCCGUGUCUCCAAGGACUUGGGAAUUCAACCCUCCGAGGGUAGAUGAGCUUUGA